CGGGCGGGGCCUUCUUAGGCCAUGACCUUGAUGCUGAGCAGGCGGGCCCCCCGCAGAUCCGAGUCAGGCGUGCUGAGGGAGAGUCUCUCGCUCGUUGUCAUCUGCCGCCGCUCUCCUGAGCGCUGCGUCCCACGGAUGUGCAAUUUUUCCCAGCAAAUUUGAUCUAAAAAUAAAAGUUGCUAUGGGUUUGUCAGCGUCAUCUCCAUCCCUUGCAGUUCAGUCACCCAAUGUAUCUGAACAUCAAACAGCAUCUCCACCUUCAGAAUGUCCAAUGCAUCAGAAAAAAAUGGAAGGUUGUGCAGUGCACGUAAAAUCAUCUGACCAGGGAGCUGAAAACCAAAACGUUGUUCCUGCACAUCAAGAACACGCGUAUGAAUAUGUGGCGUGUCCUGUUAAAUCUAGUUCAUCUCAAACAACAGAUGAUAUAGACCCCAGAAAUAUGAUGCCACCUCCUAAUCAGGUGCCAUCCCCAGAUCAACCAUUUCCACUGUCAACUGUCAGAGAAGAGUCUACCAUUCCUAGAGCAUACUCUGAAAAAAAAUGGGUUUAUCCUUCAGAGCAAAUGUUUUGGAAUGCUAUGCUUAAGAAAGGGUGGAGGUGGAAAAAAGAUGACAUCUCUCCUGAAGAUAUGACUAAUAUUAUUAAGAUUCACAAUCAAAAUAAUGAGCAAGCUUGGAAAGAGAUUUUAAAGUGGGAAGCUCUUCAUGUCGUGGAAUGUCCAUGUGGACCAACAUUGAUUCGAUUUGGUGGUAAAGCUAAGGAGUAUUCACCAAGAGCCAGAAUACGUUCAUGGAUGGGAUAUGAACUUCCUUUUGACAGACAUGAUUGGAUAGUUGAUCGUUGUGGAAAAGAAGUCAGAUACGUUAUUGAUUAUUAUGAUGGUGGAGAAGUAGAUAAGGACUAUCAGUUCACCAUCUUGGAUGUCCGUCCUGCAUUUGAUUCCAUCUCUGCUAUGUGGGACAGGAUGAAGGUAGCUUGGUGGCGCUGGACUUCAUAACUAGCUACAUACUAUGUAAUCAACACCUAAAACUGUAUUUGCUUAAACUGAAGAGGAGAAGAGAGUGGAACUUUAAAUAAAGUUCUUAGUGGCUAUACUUACCUUAAUUUGCCAACAUUAUCCUUCCUCAUUGGGAGGCAGGGGGAUGACAUGUCUUUUUCUUAUGAACUGGUACUUCAUGCUGUCUUUAAGUAAAGAAUAAGGUAUGUGUCUUUUUUCAUCUGGUCAAAUUUUGGUGCUCCUAGUUUCCUUAGAAAAGAACAGAAGAAUUAUCACAAAGAAUUUUCUGCAAAUGCUCAAGGUUUUCAAAGCUAUUUAUGAAGUCAUUUUGGAAAGUGAGGUGGAAAAUCCUAAUGUGUGCUUUAUGGUUGAUUUAAAGCUAUAAGGCAAAAUUAAUUAAUCAAGCCCUACGCAAGCACAUUGAGGCCUUGACCCUGAUUGGGGUCUCUGGGCACUACUGCAAGGUGUUUUGUAAAUGCUUUUAGCUGGUUAUUAUAAACAGAACUCAGAUUCUCCUCAUGGUGGGUGAAAUAAAACAAUCUAGCUAAAUGAUUACAGCAAGCAAUUACUCUUGUUUUAUUUAAGGUUCUGUGUUGUCAUAUGCUGGCAUUUUAUUUCUUCAAAUCUACAUUUUCUCAGUUUUGCUCAUAUCUACUCUAUUUAAUUAAAAAAAACCCUAUAGCAUUUAAGUAUUUUGUAUUCUAAAAAGGAGGUUAAUAGAUAUUUCUUUCAGGAUGUUUAAAAGUACUUGUCUUCUUUAGCUACAGUCAAGGGCAGAAUUAAGCUUUUUGUAGAGAGAAUGUGAUGCCUUCAUUUAAAGAGAAAAAAUAAUCUGACAUGUUCAGCUUGCACUACAACAUUCAAUUCUCACAUCUUGCAUUUUGAAGUGUUUUGCAGGUGUGGUAGAUAAUCCCUAUAUAUACUGUUAAAAAUUUAGCCUGAUGAAAAGCAAAUGAUAAGCUUCUAACUUGAUUGACUUAUUUCUAUGUGUUAGGAAAUAAUUAUUGCAUAUGUUUUAAAUAUCUGGACAAGCUUGCAUGUUGUCCAAAAGGCAGCAGGAUUUGUAAUAGUUUUGUAAUUCAGUGCUCCCAAAACUUAAGGGUUAUAGGCAUCAGGAGCUAGCUAUAAGCUUUAAGUAUUUUUUGGCAUGCCCUGCUCUUGUGAGUGAUUGAUCCCUGCAUAGCACUCAUGUCAUUUGGUUUCCUCACUAACCCCAUUAUAACCUGCUUAGUAAGAAUUUUCUUCACUAAAUCCUUAAAAAAAAAAGUCCAGUAUGAACAGAUGAACACUAAUUUUAACUUGGCUGAAGGAGUCUGUAAUCAAAUUUAUACAGGAAGCUGCUUUUGGGAUCAUCAACCCAUCUUGCCUGGAAUGAUUUUAGAUGGGGCUGAUCCUGUCUUGAGCAGGAGGGUUGGACUAGAUGGCCUCCUGAAGUCUCUUGUAGGCAUUCUUUUCUAUGAUUCUACCUUAGGAGCAACUGACUCGACGAAGCUUCAAGUUUGAAGGUAGUAACAUAAGAGUUCACUUCAGAGAUUUCCAAACUGUAUUGAAUAUUAUAAGUAAAUUGUGGCCUGAUAUCUUUUGAAAAGGAGCUACUUCUUUCUUUACUCAUUCCUGUUCAGAAUAACUGUAUUCCACACCAAUCUGAACUGGAAUCCAUUUUGAACAAAAAUAAGCUCAGUGAAUCACUAGUGUGCGACACAGUUAAUAGGAGGAUAAGUAUGGCAUCCUGUGUCUGAUGUUUGAAAGGUUACUGGCCCCAUACAGUAUAACCUCAUGAAUCUGGCAUGCUUGGGACCGAACACUUGCUGGAUAGCUGAAAAUGCCGGAUUUUUGAAAUCUGAGCAGCGGCCAGUCAUGGAGUGACUGGCAGAGUUGGGGAGGGGGGUAGUAGCAGGCAGUCUCAGAGCCUCUGUGUGCGGUGCAGGGUGGUUAAUAAUAGUGGCAGCAGCCACAUGCAAGCUUUCCCGUCCACGUCUGGGGGGGGGGGGGGAGCGGGGACUAGUUCUUGAGUAGCAACUCCAGUGCUGGAUUUCUGAGAUCUGGAUUCAUGAGGUUUUACUGUAUUAUUAGUCAGAAAUACCUGGUGUUUAUGUGGUGUUCCUUGCAAAAUCAGUGUUGAUAAUUUGGGAUACAUACACUCCUUAUUUCUUAUGCAAAAUCACAGAAAAAUUAACAGUGCUUAAAUUAUGUAUCAGGAAUUUCAAAAGAACUAGUUUACCCCCACUGACUGUAAUUUUGAUGGGUGGCUCAUUACUAAAAUAGUCUUUGGUAAAGAACCCAAACAAGAUGCACACUUGCUUUGAGUUAUUUGUCUUCUAGUAUGCCCCGUCUUAUAUGCAUAGGAUCAGGUUUGUUCUUUGCUGUGUUGCUGCUGCUUACAAAAUGUUAUUUGAAUUUUCCCUUUUGUUUUAAUAAAUAGACCUGUUUUUUGUUUUGUUUA